AUGGACUCUACCACCAACAACGGUAUCCCAGACCUCUACGACGCAGGGAUAAUCCAACUGCAAGACGGCCUUCGAAGCGGCCGAUUCACAUCUGCGCAACUCGUCGAGGCAUAUAUCAAUCGAAUCAACGAGGUCAAUGACAGAGGUCCCAGACUCAAGGCGGUCUUGGAGGUCAACGCAGCGGCUGUCCAGCAGGCCAAGCUACUGGACGAGCAGCGGCGGAUCGCACAGAGCAAGGGGAAGACACUUCCCCUCCUCCAUGGAAUCCCCAUUCUGCUCAAGGACAACAUCGCAACACGAUCUCCAGAAGGAUUUGAAGAACGUUUAGAAACCACCGCCGGAUCAUUCGCUCUUUUGGGUUGUUUGCCGCCCACCGAUGCCACGGUAACACAGAAGCUCCGGAAAGCUGGUGCGAUCAUCCUGGGCAAGGCAAACAUGUCCGAGUGGGCGCACUGGCGUGGAAAGAUUCCCUCUGGAUGGUCACCGAGAGGAGGGCAAUGCAGUAACCCAUAUUAUCUUGGUGCGGAUCCGUCUGGGUCUUCUUCUGGUUGUGCGGUAGCUGCGGCUAUCGGACUUGCUGCUGGUACUCUUGCCACGGAAACAGAUGGUAGCAUCUCUGGACCUAGCAGCCUCUGUAAUGUUGUGGGCAUUAAACCAACAGUUGGGUUGACGUCCAGAAGUGGAGUUAUUCCGGUCUCUAAACAUUUUGAUAGUGUUGGCCCGAUAUGUCGAACAGUGUCGGAUGCGGCGAUAAUCCUUCAAGCGAUCAGUGGGCGUGAUAAAACUGAUCCGUUCACAUCAUCACUACCAUCAGUGCCCGACUAUACCUCGGCUCUUUCUCUGGAUUUCCUGACAAAAAAAAGGAUCGGAGUCUUGAGAGGAUGCUACAAUGAUCGACUCGCGUGGAAAAUGGAUGAUUCUGAAGAGGCCUACGAGGCUAGGCUGGAGGCAUUUGAAGAUGUCUUGAAGGUGUUGAAGGAACUGGGUGCCGAGGUCUUAGACUGUGUGGACAUCACAACAGCAGAAGAAUU